GAACGCGCUCCAGCUCACACACCCUGCCACUCCGUCCCGCCCUCCAGAGCGCCGCCUGCCUGCCGCUUGAUGGCCAGGCGCGUCGGGACCUCCAAUCAGUUGAUAAAUGUCACCUGCUGGAUCGCCUUCUGGCAGAGAAGGAUAGGAAACGGAAUCUAUCGUGCUAGCAAAAGUUACCAGGAUCUUAAUACUGAGAAAACAUGAAGAUGCCACAAUAUCAUUUUGGGCUCAAGAAGUCCAUCUUUGUGCUAAUAUUUGGAAUUCUUACGAAAUGCUGCUACUCGCAGAUUAUUGAAGAUGAUGUUACUAAUGUUUCGGACGAACAAAUGGACGAGGGCGGCCACGCCUUCUAUGCGCUGCGGGGCUGUCACCAGGUCCUGCGUGGGGAGAGCGGGGAGUUCUUCUCCCCGGACUACCUGUGUUCCAACCCGGCCCUCUGGUGCAACUGGACCAUCCAGGUGGACCCCACCAUGCGCAUCCAGCUGUACCUGGAAGACCUGGUCCCGUCCGAUGCCUGCCACCUCAAGCAGGAUCAGAUCCAUGUGGACGAGGCCGCGGGCGUCUACGGCGCUCACAAGAUCCUGCAGAAGUGUUGGCGCGAGGCCAAGUACAUCUCGGUCUCCAACACGCUCCACGUGGUCCUGCUGAUCGGAGGGCACCCCAGUUACUCGUACAGGGGCGUCUACGGGCGCUACCAGGCCUUCGGACCCCCGGCGGUCUACAACCCCCUUGACAAACGCACGGAGCCCGAUAACAUCUCAUGGAUGGGGACGAGCGUUACAGCCGUGCCUCCUCCUGGGGAAAGGGGGACUGAAUAUUUACCCAAGAGCAAUAGUGGAAAUGUGGAAUCCGUAGUGGUCGACGGACCAGCCCUACUCUCCCCAGAGAAGGAUGUCCUGGGGAACGAUUACUACCCGCCGACCUCCACCCUGCCUGUGAUGCAGCACUGGAUGCCCGGGCCUCCAGCAGAACAAGCCGGCACCCUGAGAGGCGCUCUGAUUGUGAUAGAGGAGGAAGGCCUUGCUGUGCAUGAAAACCACCGCACACCGUCCCCAGGGGUUGGGGAGUCUGAGGGCACCUCUGAGGAUUCAAUCCCAGCGUCCGCUGGGACUCUGCGAGCCGGGAAACGGGCGGCGGAGAACCAGUCGGACCACGAAGCAGUCCAUGCUCCUCCGAGCUCCAGGCCAUCGCUGCACAGCUCCACCGCCACUCGCAGAAAUGUGGAAGAGCUGCAGUCAGACGAAAGCACUUUGACCUCCCCAGCGCCGCAGAACAUCAGUUUGCCAGCUGAGCAUUUGAUGGCCGUCACGUCGAUGCAGCAUUCAGAAGAGGUUGAGGUUGAGGGCACACGGCUCAGCAAGAACCCUGAAUCACCACCUCCUUCCACGGAUCACUUUGUGUCCGUCCACACCCAGAGAGCCCCCCCACCUGCACAGCCCAGCGUGGUGGAUCAGCGGGCGGGUCCCAGAACCACGGGAGAUGACAGGAUUCACGCAGAGUUUGGACAUAUACCCGGUGAUCACCUUUUUGAGGUCGGUGUCGAGGUGAACUUCCAACACAAUCCUGAGGAACACUGGGACCGCACAGCAAGGUCCAUGCUGCUCUCUGUGAAGACCUUGAUCAGCAAGCAACUGGAAUUUCUUUCUACCCCAAAAAUGUUGUCCAAAAGGAUAAAAAGGCUCAGUGCGGGGGUCCUGUACAUCCUCUGGCUGCAGCUCUCAGAGGGGGUUGCUGGUCAGCAUGUCCACACAGCCAUCCAUACCAUGCUGCAGGAGCUCAUAGAGACCAGCAUCAAGCUGCAGGACAGCCAGAGCCAUGCCGUCAUUGUCUCUGUCUCCACAGCAGAUGUCAACGAAUGCGGCACUCACUUAAUGCUAUGUGACACGAAUGCGGAAUGUGUGAACGUGUUCGGCUCCUACUCGUGUCACUGCCGGCCAGGGUUCAAGGACGCAUCGCGGCUGGGCUCGGGAACGGUCUGUGUGGAUGCCAAGGCCUCCGGAUGCCGGUCCGGACCGUCUGCAGAGGUCACCAAGGGCGUGUACGUGGUGUUCUUCCUGCUCAGCGUCCUCAUCCUGACCCUCCUGGCCUCCAUGGCGGUCAUGUACAGCCGCCACCACCGCGGCACCUUCCUGCUCCACUGCCACAGGGACGGCUUGACCGAUGACAUUCCCCGCCCUGCCAGAGAACGCCGGAAUUUCGACGCAGACGCGGACCUGCCCCCGCCACCCCCGCCCAUACGGCGCCCCAAGGACGGCUGGGCCCAUCCCAAAGAGGGCUGGUCUCACCCCAAAGAGUGCUGCCCCCCUGUUGACGUGCCAUUGCUGCGCUUCAACCCCAUCCUGCCACUGGACGGUCUGAUCGAUCCCCCAGAGGAGAUGGGGAGGCAGUGACGGAGUGGUGAACGGGGUCCACCCCAUCAGGCGCUUGGCUUCUAUUCUUUGAUUUAUUAAACUGUAGAUUGACUACAUUUUCUUUCACUUUUCACCACAAAUAUAUGAGCCUUACAAUGGUCUGAGUAAAAAAAAAAUAUAUAUAUAUAUAGUACUUUCUUUGA